UCAAAAUUAAUCCAAAUUUUAACAAAAAAAAAAAAUUAAAAAAAAAAUUCUUGCUACAACCGGUCUGUUCGAUUCAUAAGUAAAUGUUUUUUUAAAACUUCCGUUCCAGAUAGACUUAAUUGAAAUUCGAGCCAAAUAUUCCUUUGCCGUUAAAUACUCUAGUAAAAAAUUGCAUCCAAAAUGCAAAGUGGCGUCACAUGUACUUGUUCAAAGCCUGGAUAUCCUUGCCGACUACAUAAGUUUGUGGAUUACCGCAAUCCUGAUGGAACAUUUUCUAAAAUAUUUUCUUUGAGGAACAUCCACAGAGAUGAGGAUAACGAGAAUUCAGAUUUGGGUUCGGAAAUAAGCUCAAAUUCAUUGGGUCAAGGGUACCUAUCCGAAAAUGAGGCGAUAAGGAAAAAGGCUGGAUAUAGUCUUCCACAGACACACCGGGUUCCGCGAGUAGCUCAAUCGUCCAACAACCCAGUUCCCUUUCAGUCAACAAUAAAUAAUACAAGCGCAAGGAAAACAGCUUCACGAACAAGUGCGAAUCCCUCGCUGGCCUCCUCUCUACCACCCCAAAGAAUUUAUGCAGGAUCAGAAACACGAAACCCUAACAUGCCUCUACCAAGCAGCAGAGACUCAGAUUCCUCACCCGUAAAGGCAAGUGCGACGGUCUACCGAAACCAAACAGCUUCUUGCGAUGCAUCUUGCCAACAGUGCCACAACAGACUUCAGGGAGCGUUUAACCGGUCUUCUGCAGGUGCUCAAGAUCCGCUUUAUAAUCAGCUUCGCGUUCCAGCGAAUAAAGGUGGUGCCGAUGAAACAGACGCCAAAGAAAGAGAUAAACAAGUAUACCUCGUAGACUCGGCUGCAUCUGUGCGCAGUUAUCGUGUAAAUGUCUUCAAAGACGGGAGCAAAGUUACGGAGUCGCGAACAUUUGAAACUACCGUUUAUAAACAAAGAAGUCUUCAAGGUUCAAACGAGCAAAUUUGCUCCAAAACACAGGCAAAACAGGGCUACUCGGCACCAGAAGCUUCUACCCCUCGCUGGCAACCAAUGCAACGAAAUCCAGCCACGCCAUCAGCCACGCGUACUUCGAUACCCAAAUGUUGUCAUUUGGGUAAAUCUAAUAUCAAGCCGAAGCAAGGAUGCACUUCUCAAAGACCAUCUUCUCUAUCACAUGCCACUUGCAGAUGUCAAAUGAAUCCCUCAUUUGUCCAACAAACUGGACCAGCAACUAGACCAUCUAGUUUUCAGCCAUCUAGUCUUACAUGCAAAUGCGAAAGUCAAAGGUUUCCAAAAAAUGAAAAGGAUCAAUACAACCCACCUCCUCUGAAUAACGUAUAUCUUUGUUAUGCAUGUCAAUUAAAACUGUUUCAAUCUUUCAGUCGAUUAGCGUCUGAUUGUUGCAGAAAGGAGACUACCCCCGCAUGUUGUAAACUUGGAAAUGAAUUCAACCAACCUCCUGCCGAUCCAAAUAUUCCACCAUGUGGCAAAGCAGAAACAAAGUCACCAACCGAGAAGGGCAGUAAUUUGUGUUGCAAAUGCAAGCAGGAGAUUGAAGAUGCAGCGGCUCAAAAAGCCACUGAGAAGUCAGACGAAGCGAAAGAUCAUUGUCCAACGAGAGGUGAAUUGAGUAAUGUUCUGGACGCGACCCUCAAAGGUUUGGAUCAAGCAGUUCAAUCAUUACAGAAAUCGAAAGCGGAAGAAAAAGAAGAUAUUCCUAGCGAUCCCCAAGAAUUGAACAAAACAUUAAUGGAAAAACUAGACACCAAUCAACAGCAACUAGAACUGCUGCGAGGGGCGGUUCAGAGUAUGAUCCAGGAAUUGCGCGCUCUCAUAGAGACCGAUACGGAAAAAUCUUUACAUUUGAAAACACUUCUGGAAAAUCUUCAAGAAGGGGAUUUCAGUGAAGUUUCAAUGAAACGUUUACUGAGUGCAUCGUCGAAAGCACGCACAAGUGCCGACAACCAAACGGAUACAAAGAACUUAGCGUCAUCAGGCGAAGAAGCUGGCGCAAAAGAUGCACCAGUACCACCCAACGACACACCAUCAACCCCCAAUGAUGCACCAUCAACACCAAAUGAUGCACCACCACCCCCUACUGAUGUGAAUCAAACAAUCCCUGUUGUUAGAGAUUCAGGCAGCCCCAAGGAUUCUUUAUCGGAAAAUGGAUCAAAUCGAAGCAAAGCCGAGCAGACAUCCGCGAAGUUCCCGGGGUCAGUAAAGGAUAAGUCAUCCUUAGAUGGGAAACUUCCUCAACAAGGAGAGGAAAAUGAAAACCAUGCAAGAGAUGCUGCUCCUGAUACUGAUCCAGCAGAUGAACGAGAGAAAAACAACCGAGAAGAACCAAAAGGAUCAGAGGACCCAGGACAGUUAAAAGGAACAGAACCAACAACCCCAGAAGAUGGGUUAAAACAAACGGAAGAAGCAAACGAAUAACACAUUCAUAUUGGCUUGGACAAAAAUAAGAUAAGAUACUCCACGCGGAAAGCUUUAAGUCCCACAAUUUAAGCUCUCCUUUAUCCGCGCCACAAGUCAGCUUCGAAUUUGAAAGUGUUUCGUUAAAAUGAAGCUUUGGACUAAACUUUUCGACUUUAAUAUUUAGAUAAUAAGUAGUUACUGAUUUAGUGAUU